UAUUGAUCUCUACAAUCAAUUAUCAUAUUCACAAAUCUAUAAAUGUAGAUUUUGUCUGCUGGGUCAGAACAGUGAUCAAAAAGUCCAUUUUCCAGAUGUUAGAUAAGGAGGGAUAAUAAAGAAUGGAGUGGACAGGAGGAGUAUAGGCACGCAGUGGAGGUUUUCCAAUAAUUUUCAUUGAUGCAGUAGUCAUUGCAGGCCUCUCAGCCGACAGAAGUGAUUGAAGUUGACUGAAGCAGAUGUACAAAAUUUCUUGUAAACAUGCACACAUAACAGCCACUGGAGUAGACAUCCAUAUGUUUGAUUUUUAUUCUCUGUGGGACCGUGCAAUUAAACUCUAGAGGGAAACAUGAUGUAGUCUGGAUUAAACAAUUCAAGCUUUGGGACACAGAUGUUCAAAUUGAAGUUAAGCUAAGAGAUGACCUGGUGCAGCGUAAUCAGUUGUCAACCAUUGGAUUAUUCAGUGUGCAUUGUCUGUUUUAAACAUCUCAGGAAUUAGGUGGGACAAACAACUAACUAUGAAUGUGAGAAUACAAGGCCAUGGAAAAUGGUAUCUAAAUUUACCAGGAGUUUAAGACUCCAGCUAUUGGAAACAGAAGAAGAGGAUGCAGCAGCUAAGCUGGCUAUUGACAGGCUUCUGCCUUCUGUUUCCAAUACUCACGUCCAAUGCAGUCUAUAAAGAAUGUAAACACUUCUUCAAUAGUACAACACUGAAUAAAAGUGGGACAUUUAAUUCUACUGCGUGGCCUGGUCUAUACCCUCUCAAUACUCACUGCAUGUACUACUUCAUUGGCCUCCGGAAUGAGAGAGUCGAGUUGAACAUCACAGACUUCCAGCUACAAGGAGUUUACCCUCAAUGUCAGUUUGAUUACCUGGAUAUUUACGCUCAGAUGACGACCACAGAAUCAGAGGCUCAGAUCUCCUCCCCACUGUUGGGGCGGUUUUGUGGAGACAGGAUGGACAUUCUACCCUCACGCAUUAUAUCCACCUCCAACAUCAUCCUAGUGGACUUUCACUCGGAUGGCCACAGAUCUGCACGAGGAUUCUAUGGAUCCUUUAGAUUCAUUGAUGCAUCAAUCUAUGAAGUAGGAACCAAAUCCCCAAGCUAUUACUGUAGUUACACUAUCAAUAGUUUGUACGAGAAGACUGGAAAUAUCAUUUCUCCUACCUAUCCCGGGGUGUACCCAGACAAUUUUAACUGCUCAUACAGCUUACACGGACUUGUAGGGGAGAGAAUUCAGAUCCAAUUUAAUGACUUCUCUCUUUUUCAUGGUGGUGAUUACUGUCCCUACGAUUCCCUGACGGUUUAUGAUGGAGCCAGCAGACAGUCGCCUGUCCUCAGUAAGUUUUGCGGUGAACACAGUGCUGUGACUUUCUACUCCUCAGGAGAGAACCUGUUUAUGGAGUUUAUAACCAGGGCCGGGAGGAUGGGGGCUGUAGCUGAUCCGUACCAUACCAACGUAGAUUAUAAAUUCACCAGGAGAGGCUUCAAUGUCUCUUUUCAUUUUAUAAAAGAUAUUGUAAAAUUAGAUAAGCCAAUGGAGUCUCAGAAUAUGUAUCAUAUCAAAGGGACUGCUUGUGAUAUGCGGAUAAUCAGCAAUAAUUCUAGAAACGGAACUAUAAAGUCACCUGGCUACCCAAGAAAAUUUCCUGUCAAUAUUACCUGUGUUUACUAUAUUGAUGGUCUGUACAACCAAGAAAGACUAGAAAAAGUUAAAAUCAAAUUCACCGAUUUCUCCAUUCCUGGCAGUAUGCCAGAUUGUAAUUUUGGCUAUGUAGCUGUGGAUGAGGAGGGUAGAGAAGACACCAGGGUGUUCAAAGAACGUUACUGUGGACCAUAUCUUCCCCCCGACACCAGCAGCAAAAGGUCACGAUUAGUCCUAAUAUUCAACACUGAUAAUGCUCGUGAAGGCAGAGGAUUUAGUGCUUACUAUGAGUUCAUACCAGAUUACGGUAUCCCAGGAGAGAAUGUGGAGGAGGGGAAGUGUACGUACCUGUAUGACAGCAAGUCGACCAAGUCAGGGACGUUUAACUCCCCACACCACCCUUUGCGUUACCCUGACAACACACACUGUAGAUAUAUAUUCCGUCCAGAGCCUGGCGAGCAAAUCCUCAUCUCAUUUUAUACCUUCUUUCUGGGAGAUAAAGAUACAGCAUGUGAAAACAACGACUAUCUGGAGAUAUUUCAUUCUGGCAGAAGUGUUGGAGACAAGUAUUCUGUAAAGCAUUGUGGAAGGCAAUUCCCUGGCCCCAUUCUGGCAGAAAAACAACUAGAAAUCAAGUUUAUUUCAAGAUGGAAUUCCAAAAACAGUACAGGAUUUGAAGCCAGAUAUGAGUUUGUUCAUCCAGACUCCCUGAAUACAAAUUGUGGGGGUAAAAUAAUCAGCCCUGGGACAGGAGGUAUAAUAGUGAGUCCAGGAUUCCCAGAGAAAUACCAAAGCAGGACCUACUGUCGAUGGACCAUCAAAGCCAGCUCUCCUUUUAAUGAUAUUCUUGUCUAUUUUUAUGUCUUUCACACAGAGGGCACAGUUUCAAGAGAUGAAUUAACCACAUCUAAUUAUGGAUGCCAAAAUGCAGUAUUAAGACUGUAUCGCGGGAAUGCUCGGUUUCCUACACCGUAUAUUGAGCCACCUGAGGAGAAGUGUGGGCAGUUGAACGGAGAACCUUUCUUGUCUCACAAUGAUACUUUUGAAUUAGAAUUUCUAACUUCUAGUAGAGCUCUUGGUGCCAAAGGAUUCAAAAUCACCUGGACAGAAGUACACAAAGAGGGAGUCAGCUGUGAUUUCUUCCGAUGCUCAAAAAGUGAGUACUGCAUUCACACUGAACUAGCAUGUAACCAGGUGCCUAACUGUGGGAGUGGAGAUAACUCAGAUGAAGAAGAGGGCUGUCCAACACCGUUCCCCAAAAGAGGGGAGUCCUCCUCAGGUCCAGCUGUUUCUAAAUUUGACAUUUUACACAUAGCCAUUGGAGCCUCUAUAUCAUCGUUUUUCUGCAUUGUGUUGGUAAUCUGUGGACUUUAUCACCGGCGGCGACUCACUCCAGAACAGAUGCGGCGGAGGCGGUGUGAGACCCCGCCAGAACAGGACACGGUGGAGGUCCGCUAUGUGGCGGCCGAUUCCUCCUGUAACACCACAGACCGUCUUCUGCAACUGGAACAUGUAGCUCUGAAUGGAGAGAAUGGCAAGACUUCAGUUUCACAUUCAUUUCAUUCACCAAGUGAAAACAAGAAGCAGUUUCCUGACUCUCCAGUGAGGACACCUAGUGCCACCCCACCUCCUGUCAGUAAGCCCCACCCUGGAGGGGAUCAGGACAUCAAGACAGUGGACUCGGCUGUCAAUCACAAACCCCGGAUACCCCGGAUACAGAAAGUGUCCAUUGUUUAGAAUUCCCUCAGGAUCUCCUCAUAGUAAAUCUCUAAUGACCUAUGUGUUCAGCUUACAUAGAAAACAUUGUCAUCCUCAUCAGUUAUCACAAGUAUGAUUGUGCUGAUUUGCAUGUAUGAAACGUGAAUUCACACCACUUACUAAUGAUUGUUAAUAGGGUAAAAUAUUGAUGCUACUUGUUGAAAUAGUUUGAAUGUUGAUGCAUUGUUAUGAUUCAUUAGUGUGUAAGUUUUGGUUUGUAAGAAAAUCAGGUCAGGUCCCUAUAUUAUAGAAAAGAAUUUUUUAUUUUGUUAGAAUUAUCAAUAAUCUGAAGAUUUCAUCAAGCAGAAACAUUUUAAAUUGUUUACAAAUGCAAACACACUUUUAUUGAGUAUAUUUUGUUUCUUCUUUCAUUAAAAUUAUGUUUUGAAUGCAGGGAAAAACUUCAAAAGAUGACGUUGUCUUUCCCAUUUUUUAUAUAUUAAAGGUUGAGUAUAUCAUAAUAGACUUCACACAAAGUAAACGGACUUUGCUUAAGUUUUGUUUUCUUGUUUUAUAAACGAGUUCUUUGCAACAUUCUUUUCUUCAAAACAAUAAAGGAUCGAUAAUAUAAACAUUUAAAAAGAUAUAUCUUAAUAUCAUAUAGUACUGGGUUUUCUUUGCCAGUGUAAAAUUUGGCGUUUUGCCUGCUCAAAGGUAUGCACUAAUCAUGCUAAUUUUGGUGUUAUUUAUUUUAGCUGACACGGAGUUCCAGCUCUUUACAGAUAAACACUAAAAACUGACUAUUUUAGGGAUUAAAAUUUUAGCAGGCUACCAUCAGAACGCCUAAAUAAGCCAAAAUUAGCACCCAUCUAAAAUAACCCGCAAUACGGUACUUGAUAUGGCGAUUGCUUAACUUAGUGGAAGUCUCUAGUGGUAAAGGUAGAAAACGUCUAUUGGAUGGGGACUAUGUGCUAUUGAAUACAAUGCAAGAUCGAUCAUUGUGGAGUUUGUGAAGGCAGAUAAGAAAUAAAUCCUGUUGAAAGGAGAUGGGCGAACUUAGCGUGCAGAAACCACAAUAGUUUCAGAUACAUAAAAGUCAUAUAUUCAAAUUGUGCAUUAAGUAUUUAGACUAAUUAAGGUUCUCAUUAUUGAAUUUUAUGAAAUCAUGAUUAACAAAAAGUUUUGAGAAAAAUUUUUCGUUAAAAUUUAUUUUAUAUAAAAAAAAUAAUGGGGUAUCAAUUGGGUUCGAACCCUGGCAAUAAAUUCAUCAGUAGCAUUCUCUGUUGAGUCUAGCACGCUAACCACUACGCUACACAAGUCCUGAGGAAGGAUGGCAUUUAAAUCAUGUUUGUUAUAUGACCAUUGACUUAGUGUACUUCAAGUAUUUCUCGAAAAGAUACGGAAGUCAUGUCAUAAAGGUUUAGGUAUAGUGGGUCUUUGCUCCAUAAUUUUGGAAACCAAAAUUUGUAUGCUUGUAAACUAUGCAAACUUUGAGGACGAACUUUCCAAAAAAUGGAGAGAAGACCCACUCAUAUCGAAAACUAAUGUUAUAAUAGUGUAAAAAAUGACUCGUUUUGUCCUCUUUCCCUUGUAUAAUAUUACAAAGGCAAAUAACUCCAAUCUUCAUGAGAUUUGCGCAAGUUGUAGAGAUUUUACAUAACGUAUACUUUAAUGUUAGAUGAAAUAUUAAGGAAAAUUUUGAUAUAAUUUUCUCGUCAUGUUCACCCAUCUCCUUUCGCUGAACCAGCCUAAUAAAUGUUUGAGAGGAGCUAGUCCUCAGAUGAUACAUUUUUUUCGUACUUUUUACUAAGCGGACUCUUCUCAUUUAAUUUUCAUUGAAAAUCGUUGAUUUUGAAAGCUGGUCAAGUACUUUAUUUUGCAAUCUACUAUUUGGAUUUCAACCCUUGGCAAUACAUUGUAUUUAUGGCAGAAUAAUUGUUUGAAUCAUUUGAUUGUCACUACUGUAAACAAUGUUAUGCUCCAGAAAUCUCACAAGAUUUGGAGCUUUCUUGACUCUCACGCAAAAGAGCGGCAGCAAGUUAGAUACUUUAACUGUGAGGUACUCGCAGUACUACGUAUUGGUGUAAAUUUUAUGACCUAUUUUGCUUGUGAUUAAGGCAAAAAAUUAUAUUUUUUUUAUAGUAAGAUAUGCUGUGAGUCAAAGAUUUCCAAAAUUUCACUUUCUACAGCUAGCAUUAUACUAUUUUUAACAAUUGAUUGUCACUACAAUCCCAUUAUUGUGAAAAUCUGAAUGAAAAAAUUAAAAACUAUGCAGAUACAUGUGUAAACACAACCAAAGUUGAUAUUUUUAAGAUUUUUAGCUCACCUCAAUGAAGUUGGGGGAACUCAUGUGAUACCCUCAGCAUCGGUGUCAGCGUCCAAAUUAACGUUUUUGUAGCUAUUUUUCUUUGUAAGUAGUUGUAUGCCCCAUAUUGAUCAUAGAUGCAUGGAACAUGCUUCUACCGUGUUUCAUUGUACCAGAUGAGGUUUCAGGUGCUGAAUUUGCAGCAAAGAAAUGACCAGGUUAAUGUUUUUGGAGCAGGUUAACAUUUUUGGUACAGUUUGUGGUCUAGGUCUUAUUUCCAAUUAACUAUAAGCCCUAUGAUGGCCAAACUUGCAUGGAUGAUACAUCUAAGGAUGCACACUACCAGACUUGCUUCGGAUGCUGGAUCUGACUUACAUUUUCCGGAUGAGUGAACAGGUUAAUGUUUGGGUUCAGGUCCCAUUUCCAUGUAACUAUGAGCCCUGUGAUGACCAAACUUGCAUAGAUGAAACAUCAAAGAAUGCACACUGAUAGAUUUGCUUCGGAUGCUGGAUCCCACAUACAUUUUCCAGAUAAUGGACCAGGUAAAAGUUAUGGGUUCAAGUUUUAACACCAAGAAACUAUAAGGCUUAUAUUAACCAAAUUUUCAUAAAUGAUGCGUCAAGAGAUGAACACUCUCAAACUUGCUUCAGAUGCUGGAUUUGAAUUACAUUUUCUUGAUAGGCCACUAGUUUGAAGUUUUUGGAUAGGUCUAUUUCUAAGAAACUGCAUGCUUUAUCAGAUCAAAAUUACAUAAAUUUUGCUUUUUGGGAUCUUAACUUCUAGAAUGUUGGUUAAUUGUGGGACUUUGCCUAAAUUAAGACAACAUUCGUUGAGGUGAGCUCUGUAAUCUCUGAUUACCUAUGUUUGAUAAAUAAUGUAUGUAUCAUCUGUCAUUAAAUUCAUAAAAGAAAUGACAUUAAAUUUUCAAAUUACAUGUACAGAAGCAAGAGUUUCUUAUUGGAAGUUUUAUUUAAACGUUGGCAGUAUGAAAACUUGUAUGUGAUUCAGAUUGAAACCUUUAGAUUUUAUAUCUCUGUUAAUAAAAUAAUGAAGUAGGAUGAAAAUUUUCCACAAGACUAGUAUUUUAUCUAUUUUUCAUUGUUUUGCAAAUGUUAAUAUUUCAAAUUUUUAUUUGAUCAGUGAUAAUCAAAACUGGCACAAUAUUAUAAUGUUAUUCUGCAUUGUCAUUGAUGUGAUGAAGAGAUUGUUCUGGUGAGCAUUGUAGUCCAUAGCCUAAUGUUUUCAAACCCACAGGCUCUAAUGGGGGUUUAUUUCUGUAUUGUGACUGAGCUUAUUUCAACUAAACUUUGGGCAAACGUUUGUAGAUAAAAAAAAUUUGAUAUGCCCAUCUUAGGUGAGAUGAAUCAUAGAAUAAAUACCAUGAGGCUUUUGAAUAAUUAAACUUCGUCAGCUGAUAUUUCUUGGGUAGGAAAGAUGUCACACAUUAGAAAAAGGUAUCUUUCAACUUUAAGGACAGACGAGACGUUCCUCUAUAAUAUAUAUAAUUUUUUCCAAGAUUUUGUCAUUGAACAAUUACUAUUUUAACAUGUUUACUCACAAAAAUUGAGGUACCUUACCGGGCAUUUGUGCGAGAUACAAGAGGAUGGCAUUUCUUAAAUAACCCUUUAGAGAAAAAAAUUAGUUUGCCAAAAUCACAUUUUUAGUGUUUCAAAUUAAAAAAAAAAACAAUUAGAAACCACUUUAGAAAUCAUAAAGUUAUUAAAAUUUUGUAUAUUUUUCAUACUUUAUGAAAAUGUACAAAACAGAUAUUUGGGGAACGUAUCGUCUGACCUUAAGUUGUUAUGGCCAAAUAUGGUAAAACGCUUGGCUCAUUAUAGAAAAAAAAUUAAAUUAUGUAUUUUCCAUUUUCCAAGAAAAAAUCUAUUUGU